CUCCUAGACAAGGGCGACAGAUUUUCAUGGCCUCCUUCUCCCCAUCUUUCCCUCCAUUUCCCCGUUCCCACGCCGUCGACACUGUCGCCUUCUCUACUAAGGUUCUCAUCACGCAAUCUUCUUCGUUUCCAACUCAGCAUUCGACCUUCACCUACAAUUCCCGUAUCCGGGCCGAAACCGAAGCCGGACGCCCUGAGCGGGCCCUCCUCCUUCUCCACCGCAUGCUCGCUCAGGACACGCUCCCACUCGACUGCUUCACCUUUCCCACCGUUCUAAAAGCCUGCACCCAUCUUUCCGCCUUCGCCGAAGGAGAGCAAAUCCACUGUCUUUUCCUCAAAUCCCACUUCGCCGCUUGCGACGAUGUAUUUGUGCUCACCUCGCUAGUCCAUUUCUACGCUCGCUGCGGCCGUUUAAAAGAUGCCCGCCUCGUGUUCGACCAAAUGGCCAACAAAAAUGUGGCUUCUUGGAACGCGAUGCUCGACGGGUAUGUAAGGUCCGGUGAUUUACAAUCUGCUUACAAGCUGUUCAAUGAAAUGCCUGAUAGAAAUGUUGUCUCUUGGAACACUUUGAUUUGUGGCUUUGUGAGAACUGGUUGGGCUUGGGAAGCGCUGAAGCUUUUCGUCGAGUUUCAGAUGUUGGGGAUGAAAGCAGACGAGUCAACAAUGGUGAGUGUCAUUGCAGCGGUUGCGGAUCUGGGGCUUCUUGCUUUAGGAAGAAAGGCCCAUGCAUAUGCCAUGCGCUGCUCGUUUUCUUUUGACAGAGCUCUUGGCGUGGCGUUAAUUGAUAUGUACACAAAGUGUGGAAGCAUUGGAGCCGCCCAUAAAGUCUUCAUGACUAUUGAAUCAAAGAAUGUUGGCCAUUGGACUUCCAUGAUUGCUGGAUUUGCUUCUCAUGGCUUUGCAGUUGCUUCACUGCAAGUGUUUGUGGAAAUGAUGAACUCUGGCACCUUGCCGAAUGAUAUAACAUUUAUUGCUGUGCUCAAUGGCUGUAGCCAUGGAGGAUUGGUAUAUGAAGGGUUGGAGUGUUUUAAGCUUAUGAAGACCUUCGGAGUUGAGCCGAGAGUGAAGCACUAUGGGUGUUUGGUUGACUUACUCGGUCGAGCUGGGCUCAUAGAUGAAGCAAUGGAACUUGUGAGCGCUAUGCCAGUUGAGCCCAGUCCAGUGAUCUGGACUAGUUUGCUUGCGGCUUGUAAGAAUUAUGGAUGUACUGAGGUUGGGAAGGUUGCAGCAGGGAAGUUGAUUGAAUUGGAUGCAAGCAAAGGAAGCCCUUUUGUUCUCCUCUCCAAUUUGUAUGCAAAUUUGGGGAGGUUGGAGGAUUUCAGUAUUGUAAGGAAAGCCAUGGAAGACAGAGUAAUGACAAAGGUUGCUGGGUUCAGUUCGAUUGAAAUUGAUGGCCAUGUACAUGAAUUUGUGUCUGGAGAUAAGAUGCAUUUCAAAACUAAGGAGAUCUAUGGUGUGUUGGAUGAGUUAAGGAGUUUCUUGAGAUGGCAAGCAGGGAGAGCUGUGUUCUGA